CUAUGCUUCAUCAACUAUCUCUCUCUUCAACCUUCAUUCCUUCAACCCUUCACUUCUCCAUUCUCUCAUUCUCAAACACACACAAACACAAACAAUGCCUCCCUUCCUCCCUCUCUUCUUCCUCUUCCUCCUCACUUCCACCACUUCCAAACCAACCUCACCAUCACCAUCAUCAUCAUCAUCAUCAUCAUCUCCAUCCUCACCUCCAUCUCUCACUUCUCUAAUGUCAACCAACCACUGCAAACUCUUCUCCUCCCUCCUCUCCUCCUCCUCCUCAGCCCUCUCCACCUUCCAAUCCAACAUCCCCAGCGGUCUCACCGUCUUCUGUCCUUCCGACUCAUCUCUCUCCCCAUUCCUCCCCACCUUCAAAAACCUCUCUUCUGACUCCCAACUCUCCCUCCUCCUCUUCCACGCCAUUCCCAUCUACAACUCUCUCCAAUCUCUCCGUUCCUCCAACGGCGUUGUCAACACUCUCGCCACCGACGGCUCUAACAACAACUUCAACUUCACCGUCCAAAACAAUGGCGAUGCUGUCACUCUCAAGACUCCACUCAACACUGCUCUCAUUCUCACUACUCUUUUUGAUAAAGAUCCACUUUCUGUUUUCAAGAUUGAUAAUGUUUUGAAGCCUAGAGAGCUUUUUAAGCUUGUUGAGCCUCCAGCUCCGGCUCCUGCUCCGGUGGCUGAGCCACCGGCUAGUGAUAAGAACAAGAAGAAGAAUAAGCAUAAGCAUAACUCGCCGCCGGCUCCGCCGGAGAGUGCUCCUCAGCCUUCGUCGGAGAAUGUGAAGUCUGCUGAUGAUGAUAAUGUUGGGUUUAGAUGUGCUUGUGUUGCAUGGAGACAACUUGUUUUAGCUCUUGUUAUUGUUCUUGUUGUUGUUUCUUGAAAAGUUUUUUUCUU